AGUACUUUUUUUUUUAGAUAGAAUGUCAAGGGAGCGUGUUGGAGCACGUGGUUGGGAAUUUCUUUUCAGUGCCGCGGGAAAUUCCCAAGUCAGACAAACAGCGCUAUAAAAUAGGACAGCGGAGCCAAGAAAUCUGUUAGCUGACUGCUUUCUCUGAUCAGAAGUGAACUUCAUACCCAGCACCUUGUUUUCAGUGGACGCUGCAAAAUGGCCAGUGGAAGACCCUACCUGUACGGUGCACUGACUCUCGCAGUCCUGAUCGCAACUGGAUCUACUUUCAGUUUGAAGCUGCAGCCAAAGUCCAAGCUGUGGACCCGGAUAGGAGAGAAGCUAGUGCUGAGCUGCGAAAGCAUAGACUGUCCCUCUCCUACUUUCAGCUGGAGAACCGUUACCGAUAACCCUCUUGGGGGAACGGUCAACAGCCAGGGCUCAGUGUCUACCCUCACCUUCUCCCCGGUGACUCGGCAGAACGAGAACACAUAUAUCUGCUCUGUAACGUACAAGGGCGAGACACAGCAGAGACGCGUGCAAGUGAACGUUUAUUCUUUUCCAGAUGAACCAGUCCUGGAGACAGUCGGUCCACUGGAAGUCGGCAAGAAUGGCACCUUGAGAUGUACCGUUCCUGAUGUUUAUCCGGUUAGCUUGGAAGUAGAAUUGCUGAAAGGAGAGACAAGUUUAAAUAAACAGAAUUUUUUCCGGACGCCAAAAGUGACCAUCAGCAGUCAACUAGUGCCUGAAGUAGGGGACUCGGGGAAAGAGGUCACUUGCCGUGCUCGGUUCCUCAUUAACGACAUACAAGACAAGUCUUUGGAGGGGAAAUUAACGUUACAAGUUCUGUAUGCUCCCAGAAUGACAAACAUUUCUGUAACACCAUCUCACACCGUGAGGGAAGGUCAGGAUGUGCGGCUGAUCUGUGCUACCGACAGCAGUCCCCCUGCCAGAAUUGUGUGGAGCAAAGCAUCAGCCGAUGGCUGGUCAGUGAUUGCUGAGGAGAAGCUAUCUCUUCAGUUGCCAGCAGCUCAGGUUGCAGAUACUGGAAUGUACCGCUGUGAAGCCAGCAAUAAGCUUGGCGGGGAGGCCAGAGAGCUGGAGAUUCACAUUCAGGGUGCCCCCAGAGACACCCGUCUGUCUGUCACUCCCUCUGUUGUGAAGGAAGGAGACUACGUCAGUGUUACCUGCACCAGCCACUCAAACCCGUCUGCUCACAUUGUACUGAGGAAGAAGUCAGAAACUGGACUGACGGUGCUGGACUCGGAGAAUGGAACAUUUACAAUUGAUGCAGCUCAGUUUGGUGAUGCAGGGCAGUAUGAAUGCGAGGCCAGUAAUGAUCUGGGGACAGACAACACAACGGCGGAACUGACUGUUCUAGGUGCCCCCAGAGACACCCGUCUGUCUGUCACUCCCUCUGUUGUGAAGGAAGGAGACUACAUCAGUGUUACCUGCACCAGCCACUCAAACCCGUCUGCUCACAUUGUACUGAGGAAGAAGUCAGAAAGUGGACUGACGGUGCUGGACUCGGAGAAUGGAAUAUUUACAAUUGAUGCAGCUCAGUUUGGUGAUGCAGGGCAGUAUGAAUGCGAGGCCAGUAAUGAUCUGGGGACAGACAACACAAUGGCGGAACUGACUGUUCUAGGUGCCCCCAGAGACACCCGUCUGUCUGUCACUCCCUCUGUUGUGAAGGAAGGAGACUACGUCAGUGUUACCUGCACCAGCCACUCAAACCCGUCUGCUCACAUUGUACUGAGGAAGAAGUCAGAAACUGGACUGACGGUGCUGGACUCGGAGAAUGGAAUAUUUAUAAUUGAUGCAGCUCAGUUUGUUGAUGCAGGGCAGUAUGAAUGCGAGGCCAGUAAUGAUCUGGGGACAGACAACACAAUGGCGGAACUGACUGUUCUAGGUGCCCCCAGAGACACCCGUCUGUCUGUCACUCCCUCUGUUGUGAAGGAAGGAGACUACGUCAGUGUUACCUGCACCAGCCACUCAAACCCGUCUGCUCACAUUGUACUGAGGAAGAAGUCAGAAACUGGACUGACGGUGCUGGACUCGGAAAAUGGAACAUUUACAAUUGAUGCAGCUCAGUUUGGUGAUGCAGGGCAGUAUGAAUGCGAGGCCAGUAAUGAUCUGGGGACAGACAACACAAUGGCGGAACUGACUGUUCUAGGUGCCCCCAGAGACACCCGUCUGUCUGUCACUCCAUCUGUUGUGAAGGAAGGAGACUACGUCAGUGUUACCUGCACCAGCCACUCAAACCCGUCUGCUCACAUUGUACUGAGGAAGAAGUCAGAAACUGGACUGAUGGUGUUGGACUCGAAGAAUGGAAUAUUUAUAAUUGAUGCAGCUCAGUUUGUUGAUGCAGGGCAGUAUGAAUGCGAGGCCAGUAAUGAUAUGGGAAGGCAGAUCCAGAGCACAGAGCUCAUUGUUCAAGUUCUGACUCUUUGGGCACACCCUUCCAUGUUGGUCAGUGAAGGUGAGAAUGUCACCAUUGGCUGCACUGUUCACAGCAAUUCCUCUGCCAAGUUUACCUGGAAGAAAUUAGAGACCAACAGUGAAGUCACACUAUGUUCUACCAGUGAUUAUUUUACAAUCCAUGAAAUAUCUCAAAGUGAUGCUGGACUUUAUGAGGUUGAAGUAAUCAAUGAAUUGGGGAAUCAAACAGGAUUUGUGGAAAUAACAGUUAUGGAAAGAAAACUAGAUGUAAUACCCGUUGAAACGAAUCCCACAGGAAUCCUAGUAACAACCAGUUGUGGGGCACUGGCAUCUACAGGAGUACUGCUUAGUGCUCUGUAUUAUAUCUAUCGCAAAAGCAACCUCAGAGGAUCAUACCAUAUGCCAAGAGAACAGAUCUUGUGAAGAAAUAAAGGACCGGAGGAAUGAACUCACUGUUUAAUCUCCAGUGCUCAACAACUCUACUGUUGGGAGCAGCAUAGUGAACCGGAGAGACAAAUGAAGCAUAAGAGUGUAAUAUGAUUAUGAUUCAACGGCAUUACCAACAGCUGGCAUCCAGAGAAUGGAAGGCGAAGGACACUUGAAUUUGAGACACUUUAUUGUAGAUAGUCCUUAGAAUUUAUUGAGUAUCUUGGAGUGAAUAAUUCUGUGAUAUUUAUGGAUCUGUACUGUAUAUUAUGUUGAUGGAAAUGAUGUACAAACAAUUCAUUUUAAAAUAGUCGUUGGCAAUAGCAAAUGGCCUAUGAUGUCUUAUCACCCAUGGAUAUCAGGGCACAUAAUCAGACUUCUAGCACUCAAUAUUGAAGCUGAUAUGGUUUUCCACCUGCAGUAGACCUUGUAUUAUUAUUAAAUGGAUAAACCAGGUGAAACAGUGUUGAUCUCCAGUUUAUAAAAAAAUAAUUAAAAUAAUUCAACCAUCUGCAGGGUAAUGCUGUAGAUUAUACUGAAUUUUUAUGUUGCAGCAGCACUCCCAGCCAACACAUAUGGGAUUGGUUCUACAAUUAGUUCCAAGUGUAUAGAUCCAGGCUGCUAUCCACUGUUGUGAAUCAAGGCAAUGACUGCUGGGUUAGACUAGGGGACUGUGCGCUGGGCUGAGACACCAUAUGUUGGGCUAGAAUCAGUCUCUGAAGCUGGGGCUGGAAAUCUUGCCCAUUAUGACUUGUAUACUGUAACAUAAAUUAAACAAUUUGCAUUACAGUCCGAUUUGGAUAAUUCAAAAUAUUUUUUGUGCAAAAUUUUAAAUUAUCCAGUAAUUUGAACUAAGCAACUUAAUAAAAACAGCAUUUACUUUUGUUCACUCAAAAAAACGAAAUUAAUUUAUAAUUCAAAUUACCUGAAUAAACUUAUUUGCCAAAUGUAUUUUUAUCACAGCUUCUCUAUUUCAUGUGAGUUUCCUUGCAGAAAAGAAUGUGAAGUGGGGGAUAAGAAUUGUCUUGACGCUUGGUGAUUUGAAAGUUUUCACUGGGUCUAUCCUGUACAUCCAUGAAGGAGUCACCAAAUGGAAUUAAUGUUUUGAUUGAUUCUAAAGCUGAUUGAAUAUCUGGAACUAUUAAGUGUAAAUGUUUGACAGAUUAUACUGACUGACAAUUGUGUUUUUAAUAAAUUGAAGAUUUUUUUUUAAAAA